GAGUGUCAUCUCUUUCUCUGGACCUCUUUCAUUUUAGAGAGAGAGAGAAGAGAAGAUGGCUAUGUCAAGCGCGACUAUCUCCAAUUGUCUUCUCAACAAAUCACAGAUUUUCUCCAAUUCAAUUUCAAGACCUUUAACGCCUUCAUUCAAUCAUCAAUCGACAACCACUUCCACUCGCAACGGAAAACUCAUUCUCGCGCCGAUAUCCGCCGUUCAUUCCGCUAAGAAAUCGACCAAUUCCGCUGCCACAACCGCCCAAUCUCCGUCGACAUGGAGCAUCGAUAGCUGGAAGUCAAAGAAAGCAUCACAAUUGCCUGAAUAUCCGAACAAAACUGAGCUAGACGCUGUCCUCAGCACUCUAGAGUCUUUUCCUCCAAUCGUAUUCGCCGGUGAAGCACGAAGCCUUGAGGAAAGACUUGCUCAAGCGGCUAUGGGAAACGCUUUCCUUUUACAAGGUGGAGAUUGUGCUGAAAGUUUCAAGGAAUUCAGUGCUAAUAACAUCAGAGAUACCUUUCGAGUUCUCUUGCAGAUGAGUGUUGUAUUGAUGUUCGGCGGCCAGAUGCCUAUUAUCAAGGUAGGAAGAAUGGCAGGACAAUUUGCAAAGCCAAGAUCUGAUCCAUUUGAAGAGAAAGAUGGUGUGAAGCUGCCUAGUUACAGAGGUGACAAUGUGAAUGGAGAUGCAUUUGAUGAGAAAUCAAGAAAUCCAGACCCCAAUAGGUUGGUAAGGGCUUACACACAAUCUGUGGCAACACUCAACCUUCUCAGAGCUUUUGCCACAGGAGGAUAUGCUGCUAUGCAAAGAGUUACUCAGUGGAAUCUUGACUUCACAGUGCAAAGUGAGCAGGGAGAUAGAUACCGUGAAUUGGCUAACCGAGUUGAUGAAGCAUUAGGGUUCAUGGCUGCUGCUGGUCUCACAGUUGACCACCCUAUCAUGACCACAACAGAGUUUUGGACUUCUCAUGAGUGUCUGCUACUGCCUUAUGAGCAAGCACUCACUAGGGAGGAUUCGACUUCUGGCCUUUACUAUGAUUGUUCGGCUCACAUGAUCUGGGUUGGGGAGCGCACACGACAACUUGAUGGUGCACAUGUUGAGUUCCUCAGAGGAGUUGCCAAUCCACUCGGCAUCAAGGUGAGUGAUAAAAUGGAUCCAGAUGAGCUAGUUAAGCUCAUUGAGAUACUGAAUCCAGUGAACAAGCCUGGGAGGAUUACAAUUAUAUCGAGAAUGGGAGCAGAGAACAUGAGAGUAAAGCUUCCUUACCUGAUUAGGGCUGUUCGCAGAGCAGGCCAAAUUGUUACUUGGGUCAGUGAUCCGAUGCAUGGGAACACCAUAAAAGCUCCGUGUGGACUGAAAACACGAUCCUUUGAUGCAAUUAGGAAUGAAGUGAGAGCAUUCUUUGACGUGCACGAUCAAGAAGGAAGUUACCCAGGAGGAGUUCAUCUCGAGAUGACAGGUCAGAAUGUAACAGAAUGUGUUGGUGGUUCGAAAACUAUAACAUACAAUGACUUGAGCUCUCGAUACCACACCCACUGCGACCCAAGGCUGAAUGCAUCUCAGUCUCUGGAACUCGCAUUCAUCAUUGCAGAGAGGCUAAGAAAGAGAAGGCUUGGUCCAGGAAACUCCCUCAAGCUAUAAUAUGUUUUUGGUUUGAUCUCCUUAUAAGCUAAGGUACCCAUAAAUUAUUGUCUGGUUUAAAUUUUAUGUGUAUUGUUUUACUACCUUUUGUGAGUUUUCCUAAUAAAUAAACCUUCUUUUUUCUAGAAGUUGAAUUUGUAUUGCCUGCUUUAAAAGGAUGCACACAAUGUACCUUCUUGAGGAUAAACCUGUGUUAUUAUGUCAUGUUUGAUUGAUUUUUCUUUA